CCUCUCCCUCGCACUCGCUCCCCGUUGCGCUGCCGUCGGGGCGGCGCCAGGAGACCCAGCCCGCUCUCCCCCGCCCCGGGGAUGUGCUGAGAAGGGGCCCUUUCCGCGCAUCGCUCUCCUCCUCCUCCUCCUCAUCGUCCUCCACCACCUCCUCCUCCUCCCCCCGCCCACAGCCUCCUCGCAGCGGCCCGGAGCCGGCGGCGGUGGAGCCCGGCGUGUUGUGUGAGGAAAUUCUUCAGCCAUGGAUGUGUUCAUGAAAGGACUUAACAAGGCGAAGGAGGGAGUCGUAGCAGCAGCAGAAAAAACCAAGCAGGGUGUAGCAGAAGCAGCAGGAAAGACGAAAGAAGGCGUCCUCUAUGUGGGUUCCAGGACCAAAGAAGGAGUUGUUCAUGGUGUCACAACAGUGGCUGAGAAGACCAAAGAGCAAGUAUCUAAUGUUGGGGGAGCUGUGGUGACAGGAGUGACGGCAGUGGCCCAGAAGACAGUGGAAGGCGCAGGGAACAUUGCUGCAGCCACUGGCUUGGUGAAGAAGGAUCAGUUGGCUAAACAGAAUGAAGAAGGUUUCCUGCAGGAAGGAAUGGUGAAUAAUACAGAUGUUCCUGUGGAUCCUGAGAAUGAGGCUUAUGAAAUGCCUCCAGAGGAAGAGUAUCAAGACUAUGAACCCGAAGCAUGAGAGACCUUUCCUUCCUUUGUAUCUCCUGAAACCUACUAACAAAGACGUCACAUCCUGUACAAGUGCUGAGUUCCAAUGUGCCCAGUCGUAAAAUUUUUUUACAGUUUUUACGGUGUAUUUUGAAGUCUUCCAUCAGCAAUGAUUGGAGUAUCUGUGACUGCAUCCACCUUGUUUCAGCAUUUCCCUCCUGCUGAAAUGAAAGCUGGUUGGCAAGGUCAUUGUUGUGCUGUGGAUAUUGUGGCUUCAAGUUUAAAAAUUAAAAAGAAAAUACUAAAUAAAAAACACCUAAGUGUCUACUGCUUAUUUUUAACUCUGUACAUGUUUUGUUGAUAGGCUGUCAGUAAUUUGAUAUUGUUUAUGAUACUGUUUUUAUUUGUUUCCAAUGACUAUUCUUUCUGUGCAGAGAUGACUUAUUGUGAGAGCUUUAUAUAUAUGUGUAUGUAUUAUAUAUAGAAAAAAGUAACUGAGCAUGAACUAUGCACCUAUAAAUAUUAGCUGUUGAAAUUUUAUUGUUUUGUGAUGUGUUUUGUUAACUUGUGUCUGUAAAUAAUAGUGUUCAACUGAGGCAAAUAAAAUAUAACCCAUUAAAAAUGAA